AUGUCCAAGCCCAAUACCUUUCACGAUGAGAGCCCGGAAGUGGCGAAGAGUGCGUCGGGACUGGAGACCGACAUACCUCAUGUGCCGUUGACCGAGGAGGAUAGCAAGCGCAUCUGCCGCAAGACCGACCAGACCAUUCUUCUGGUGCUGGUGUGGGUUUAUUUCCUUCAGAUUCUAGAUAAGUCGGUGCUCGGGUACGGCGCAACUUUCGGCCUAGAGACUGACACGGGGUUAACGGGGAACGAGUACUCACUGAUCGGAUCCAUUGGUCCGAUCGCCCAGCUGGCCUGGCAACCGUUCUCGUCAUACUUAAUCGUCAAAGUGCCCCAUCGGAUUCUGAUGCCAACUCUCUGCCUGGGAUGGGGAAUUGCCCAGGCGUGUAUGGCUGCGUGCCACAACUUCCGAGAGUUGAUGGCCGCUCGAUUCUUCCUCGGUUUAUUCGAGGCGGGAUGUUUACCUCUCUUUGGCGUCAUAACUAGUCAAUGGUAUCGUCGAGCGGAGCAACCCCUCCGCAUCGCUGCAUGGUAUAGUACCAAUGGAUUGGCGACUAUUGUAGCAGCUGCCCUGUCAUAUGGACUGGCACACAUCAAUUCGGAGGUGUUGCGAUCAUGGCAGAUUAUCUUUCUAUUUGUGGGACUCGUCACAAUAGUCUCCGCCCCAAUCGUUUAUUGGCGUCUAGACAACGACGUGUUGACUGCUAGGUUCUUGAACGAGGAGGAGAAAUUACAGGCCAUCGAACGCCUCCGAGCCAACCAAACGGGAACAGGAAAUACCGACUUCAAGUUUAGCCAUGUGCUUGAAGCGGCUCUGGAGCCAAAGACCUAUCUCUGGAUCGGAAUGGCCAUGCUCCUGAACAUUGGAGCCAGCGUGACCAACAUUUUUGGGCCCCUCAUCCUCGACGGCUUAGGCUAUGACAAAUACAAGACAAGCCUUCUGACCAUGCCUUUCGGAGCUAUGCAGUUUGUUGUGAUUCUGCUCGCGAGCUAUCUAGCUCAGACCGCCCGGCUCAAGGGUGCGAUACUAGCAAUUUUCAUGCUACCGGUUGUCGCUGGCUUGGCUAUUCUGUACGCCGUUCCGCGAACUGACUCGAAGCAGAGUGCAUUGCUUGCAGGGUACUACUUGCUCGCUUUUCUGUUUGGUGGGAACCCCCUAGUGGUGACAUGGAUUGUUGGUAACACGGCGGGAAGCACCAAGAAGUCGGUCGCGAUGAGUCUCUACAAUGCCGCUUCCUCGGCAGGUAAUAUCGUGGGUCCUCUGCUGUUCAACUCAAAGGAUGCACCUACCUAUCAUCCUGGUCUCCGUGCAUGCCUGGGUAUUUUCAUUGCUAUGGCUGCAGUUGUGCUGAUCCAGUGGGCUAAUCUCUGGUUUCUCAACAAACAACAAGCGCAUCGCCGUGUUCAGAAUGGAAAGAGUGCUCAAAUCAUCGAUUACUCGAUGCAGAGUAACUUCCAUGGUCUCCAUGGCACGAAUGAGGAAGAUGCCAUGGGCCAGCAAGUUGCUCACGCAGGCGCACAUGUGACAGAAGAUCUGACCGACCGGCAGAAUGACGAAUUUGUUUAUAUUUAUUAA